AUGUGUAUAUCCUGCCGAUGUUCUGGAAUCUUAAACUGUCUAGGAAAUUUAUCUUAUAUAUUUGAAAGGUUAGCAUCAUGCUGUGCUAUGACUGCUGUUGUGUCUUGUAUCGUCACCACAUUGAUUUUUAUGCUGGGAGUUGGCGUCGGACUUGGCUACAACUAUUGUUACGUUGACUUCACUUCUGGGCAGCGAGCCAGCGCUGAGGCAUUUGAUUCCUUUGAGGACCUCAUGGUAAUACCUGUAAAUGAUACAGAGACUGACGACAGAUCGAGCAAAGGAUCCAGGAAGUCGUUCCAGCCCUUCGACCUACCUAUUAAGAAAAACGUGAAGAUAUCCGUACCCUUGAAUGAGGGCAUUGAUUUUACACAACUUUUGAAUAAAAUAAGAAGUUCACGAAAGAAUGUAACUCUUCAAUUAAUUGUAUAG